AAACAUCACAUCUUCCUCGACACUUUUAUCAACACUCUUGGACACUCAGUCCAGACACACAAGUUGUUCUUUGGCGAUACAAGUGACACGAACCGCAUACCUAAUACUUUCAGGUAUGGAUAGAAAAUGGGAUCCCAACUUGUAGUGCCCGAGUGCUACAUUUGCAAAAGCAAAGCUGUAGUCCAGAUCACAAUUCAAAUUACCAAGACACCACACAAUCCGUACGCUUGGUUGGAAAGAGCACCACUGCUUCUGUAUCUUGGGUACCCUGAGUCGGGUGCAGGGGAUGCACGAAAAGCUCAGAGACUUGCGACUGCGAUACUCAACAUGGAUGAAAUUGGUAUUUUAGCGAAAAAGGAAACCUGCGAGCUGGUCGCGAGCACUGAUUGUGCAAUUACUGCAAGCUUUCAAAAUUUUGGUGGAGGCGCUUAACCAAACCGGUGCUUACCACAGCUGCCGAGAGGUGUGUAUAGUUACCGCCAGAACUUUUCUUACGCAGUAUUACUCUAAAAGUGUAUAUAAUUUGGAGCCAUGUAUCCAGCGGACGAGCU